AGUGGCUCUGAGGGAAUAAUUUGAAAAUAUGUGGUAGUGGUUUUUUCCGUUGAGCGCCUGAUUUUUUUCUCCUCUCUUUCUUACUCGCUUCCUCAAAAAAACAAUCUCUUCUUCGGUUUGAGCAACGAUCGUAUCUCUUCCAAUUGUAUAGCACUCGUACGUAACCGAACAUUCGAAACGAGAAUCAAAGACUAAAGAAAAGUCCCCUUCUCCCAAUCAUCACCCAAAUACACAAUAAAUUGUAGUUUUGGUGAAUGGCACAGUUCAUAACACAGGGACGCUUGAAGUUGCUCUUCAGUGGCGACGGGAUUUCACUUAGGUUCGAAUCCAGAGACCCAUUUCACUGUAAGCUCAGAUCGGUUCCAGCCCACAUGCACAGAGUCGGGUUUCUUAGUUCUACAAGUAGAUUUUUCUCUUCUUCUUCUUCUUCUUCAUCCGUGAAUAACAAGCUCGGCCAUUUCAAUGCGGACGCGCGUCUUGGUGAUGACGAGGCUGUGCAUGAUGAUGAUGGUAAUAUUCAUCAUGAUGAUGAUUUUGAGAGAGAUGAUUUGGCUGGUUUUAGAGGGCUGGUCUUGGAUAUCUCCUACAGGCCAGUGAAUGUUGUCUGCUGGAAGCGUGCUAUUUGUUUGGAGUUCAUGGAGAAGGCUGAUGUGCUAGAAUAUUAUGAUCAGACAGUAAAUUCCCCCAGUGGAUCCUUCUACAUACCAGCUGUCUUGAGGGUUCCCCAUUUACUGCAGGUUAUAAAGAGAAGAAGAAUCAAGAGCAAUCUUAGUCGUAAAAACAUACUAUAUCGGGACAAUUACACUUGUCAGUAUUGUUCUUCACAUGAAAAUUUAACCAUUGACCAUGUUUUGCCGGCUGCACGUGGUGGACAAUGGAAAUGGGAAAAUCUGGUUACUGCUUGUGCCAAAUGCAACUCAAAGAAGGGUCAAAAGACUUCAGAGGAAGCAAAUAUGAAGCUGAUUAACAUUCCAAAGGCGCCAAAAGACUAUGACAUACUUGCCAUACCACUGACAAGCGCAGCGAUAAAGAUGCUGAAAAUGAGAAAGGGGACGCCAGAAGAAUGGCGUCAAUAUCUGUCACAGCCGUCUUCAGAGCCAUGAGGUUAUCCGUGGUGGCCGCUGUAUAUUCCGGUGUUAUGUACAUAUUAUUGACUCAUUCUCAUUCAUAAUGCUCAAGUCACCUAAAAGAAUGUCAAAUGUUUAUGUAUUCCAUUGUGGUGUGAGCAUUUCUCUUCAUUUCCCUCAGGAAUUGUAAAAAAGCUUUGUACUCUGUCUAACAUGGUUUUGAGUAUCUUGCUUUCACCUAAUUUUUCCCAAGUUUUUAAAACUCAGAUACUGGGUCUACUAUCGCAACUAGUUUAACCUUC